AUAUCCUUGGAGAGAGAGAGAGAGAGGUGUGGUGUGGUGUGGUGUGGUGUGGUGAGGAGCAUGCUGAAGAAGGGGAAAGUCUGAACUUAAAAAAGAAAUCCUGUAAAUAAUUCCAUUUUUAUAAAUAAAACAAAAGGAGUACUUGUGACACCUUAGAGACUAACCAAUUUAUUUGAGCAUAAGCUUUCGUGAGCUAUAGCUCACUAGUUCUUUGGGGUAGGGGCCAUCUCAUGCUACGUAUUUAUACAGUACCUAGCACAAUGAGGCCUCUAUCUUCACGUGGGCAUCUAGGAGCUACUGUAAUAUAAACGGUAAUGGGAGCAGUGCUAUGUGGGAGAUCAGGUUUGGGAAUGCUGCUUUCUGGAUGAGGACAGUUGCGAAGGUAGCACCUGCAGCCCCAGGUGACUGUUAUGGAUGUCCGAGUGCUGCUGACAGGCUUUGAAGGGAGUUCAGCUCUUCACCUUAUGGCUGUAGUAGAAUGAGGCUUUGAGAUUAGGAAGUUUAAUGGAGACAAGGGUGAGAGAGAAGGGAGCCUUUGAACCCUACGAUGAACACUAAAGGCCAUUGAUGGUUCCAGAUAUAUGAAGAUGCUGUGUCUGAGGCAAACUGGAAAUCUGAAGCACUAUAAAGCAGCAUGCUAUAGCACACUGGUGCCAUCUGAUGAAGUAACUGUCAAUUACAGAUAUGGCCUUCCUGUGGUAACCCUUAUGUUACCUUCAAGAAAAGAGCGCUGUCAGUUUACCGUCAAGCCAAUGUUAACAACGGUGGGGACCUUCCUGCAGGAUAUACAGAAAGAAGAUAAAGGAAUUCAGAGGGCAGAAGUCUUUACAACAGAUGGUAGCAAGAUCCCUGCUACAGCAUUGAUGGAAGUUUUGUUGAUGAAUGACUUCAAACUUGUAAUCAACAACACCACUUAUAGUGUACAAGUCCCUGUAAAAGAGAAGUGGAGUAGAGAGCAUGCUACUGAAGCAGAAGAUAUCAAAUCCUUGGUUCAUAGACUGUUCAUCGCCCUUCAUUUAGAAGACCACCAGUUAAGGAGAGAGAGAGAACUGCUUCAGAAACUGGACCACCUAAGGGAACAGCUAGUACCCCUUGAGCAGAUGAAAGCCAAAAUUGCAACAAGUGCAGAUGCAAAGACCAAUAGGCUCCUGUGGACUGGCUUAGCACUACUGUCCACUCAAGGUGGAGCACUGGCCUGGCUCACGUGGUGGGUCUAUUCGUGGGAUAUAAUGGAGCCAGUGACGUAUUUUAUCACUUACGGAAGUGCCCUGGCAUUCUACGCUUACUUUGUACUUACUAAACAGGAUUAUGUUUACCCAGAUGUUAAAGACAGACAAUUCCUCCACUACUUCUACCGGAAAUCCAGAAGCCAACAUUUUGAUGUGGAACAGUAUAACAAGCUAAAAGAGGCACUGGCAGAGGUUGAAGAGUCCCUGAGACGCCUGCAUCAGCCCCUACAUCUGCAACUUCCAAUACAGGAAAUUAAUGACAAAGACUAAUUUUUUUUCAUAACUGAAUUGUCAUUUCCAAAACCGAUUCCAAUAUUUAGUUUCUGUGCUGCAAACUGAAUAUUUUUGACCACUAUAGUUCUGAACAUUACAACAUUACAAAUGUUGAUUAAAACUAUUAUAUCAUUAGAUUUUUAAAAAAUAAUUCCUGAAAUAAAGAAGUCUUUCAAAAUAUGCA